CUGUUUUCUCGCUUUUUUUUAAAUGUGUUACUUCAAAUUUUGUCUCCAAAUAUAGAUGCAGAGGCAGUUAAAUUGAAGAAAGCUGUUGAGUCCUUGAUGUCUGCCAAUGAAGAGAAGGAAUUGAAGAUUGAAGAACUUCGCCAGAGCAUUAACAAGUACAAGCGUAUACAGGAUAUGGUGAUCAUAUCUCAAGGCAACCAGAAAGGACUGGAUCUUCAAGAGGAAGAAGAGUUGCAGCUGGACAGUAGCCCGUCAGUCAGCUCCGCUGGUAAUCUCGACCAAGAUGACCAUGUCAGAGAUGAGGAACGUCACCAAGCAACUCUCCAUAUAAACCUUGCCGGACCAACUGCCACAUCAACGCCUAUCAAUGCACCAAUCCCACCCCCUGUGUCAGACGAUGGCCUGAUUCGCCCCCGAACACUAGAAAUACUUAGUCAUGAAGACGACUAUGGACAGCAGGUGCGCUCGUCCAGUAUGGACAAUAUGAAGAGACCUCAUCUAUCGACAACAGAAAAGUAUGCGGCUGCUGGUGUCUACAGCACCCUACCAUCACCAAAAACUCGCAACUUCUUGGACGUCCAUCACUCGGAACCAACAACGCCCGAGAGAAUGAAGAGGAACAAGACCAGAAUAUCUUUUGGAAGAGGGAUCUUCAAACGAAGCACCAACAAGAUGCAGAGCGCCCCCAAUCUGACCAAUAACAUCAGUGACGAGCAUCUGUACCGAAUCGGCGGUGGACGCUCAGUUAAUUUCGAAAUUAUGCAGCGAGGUGAGUUACCCCCUCCUCCCGGUACCCCACCUACAGAAAUUAGGAAGAAGAAGAAGGGGAUUAAAAAGUUGUUUGUCAGACUGAAGCGCACAGGAUCCACUCAGAUAGCUUCCGAUGAUGAAGAAGCACCCAUGGGAUUCCAACGAGGGGGUCGAUUAAGGGCAACAGCGGGUGCCCGCCUUGGCUGGUCCAGGGACAUCAAAACAAAUGGGCACGUGCAAUCGGCCACCUGGGAUGGGAAAUACGAUUUCUCGAUGAGUGAUUUCUCAAAAGUUGGUCCGUGGCUUCGUAGAUUGGAAUUAAAACAAGACAUUGAUAUGCCAUUUGCAAAGUGGGAUACGGAUCAAGUGGCCGCAUGGCUCCAUGAGCUCGGCCUUUCCCAGUACGUCUCCAUGUGUCGUGUGUCCGUGAAGAAUGGUGCUACUCUUUUGGAGGCUUCACCGCAACUUUUGUAUAGUGAACUUGGUAUAAAGAACCCUCUCCAUCGUAAGAAGCUGCAGUUAGCACUGCAAGCGAUCAACAAUAAUGAGAAGGAUAAGAAAGGGGAGUUAGAUUACACUUGGGUGACAAGGUGGUUAGAUGAUAUUGGCCUUCCACAGUACAAAGAUGCCUUCCAUGAAGCCAGGAUAGAUGGCAGAAUGCUUCAUUUCCUCACAGUGGAUGACCUCUUGUCAUUAAAAGUCACCAGUGCCUUACACCACAUUAGCAUAAUGCGUGGUAUACAGUGUCUCCGACUUAACAAUUUCAAUCCCAACUGUUUGAGACGGAGACCCACUGACGAGGUGUGGCCUAUUAUGAUGGAGGCGCGGUAUGAUAGAAUGCCUGGCGUACCAAAUUGGAGUUCCCAACUGCCAUAUGAGAGUGGUGCUGAAGUUAUGUUAUGGUCCAAUCACCGAGUCAUGGAGUGGCUGCGAUCAGUAGAUCUGGCGGAGUACGCCCCCAACAUGCGUGGUAGUGGUGUUCAUGGGGCUCUGAUGGUUUUAGAACCUCGGUUCUUAGCGGAUACAUUAGCAGCAUUGCUAUGUAUUCCUCCGACCAAGACACUUUUGCGUCGCCACCUCAACACUCAUUUUGUUUCCCUGGUUACAGCAGAUGUUCAGGCGGAGAAGCGAGAGGUUGAGAGGAUACCAACUUUUGUACCAUUAAAUUCACUUGCCAAAAUUAAGCCAAAGAAGAGGCCUUUCACACGCAAGAAACGUGGUGGCUUAGACGACGAGGACUACAUCUGUCCUCUGGACGCACCAUUACCGAGUUCCAUUAAGAUAGAAGGUAUUGCUAAUAUUGCAAGCACAACGAACAACGUACCAAGCUAUCUAACGGAGGUCCGCAGCACAGAUAUGGUCCAUAAACAGAGGGAUGAGGCCGAAGAUAACCGACGGAAACCAAAGCGUGUGCAGAGUUUGUACACACGGCGCGAUGUGUACAACCCACGUGUGUAUGUGCAUCCCAGAAGCACUGUCAUAUCAAAGCACCAACAGCCACGGAAUGGAAAUGCUCACGGGGGUGCCUACCCUAUUGACAACUUUGGUGCUUUUUCGCAGGAAAUUAACUCACUGACAAGUAUGCUUUCAAGGGAGACCUUCAAAAGUGACGAAGGGACAAAUGUUUAAAUCGCUAUCUGCCACUGACCUUUGCACUAAACAAUCAAGAAACAAUGACAUACAAGAAACACCUGGAUGAAUUAUUAUGCAAAUAAGUUUCAAAAAAUAUAGAUAAUCAUUCACAGUGAUCUAUUUUACCAAAUUUUGUAAAUUAUGUAAAUUACUCGUAAAUUAAAAUUGUUUUGCAAAGUUUUAGUUUAAAUUUUCUUAGUGUUGAUUUACAUUAAUUUAGUGUUUUCAUCGUAAACAGCUGGUUAUAUUUUUACUUUUUAGGUUAAAGUAAAAAUACAAUAAAUGAUGAAGGUGCAGUAGUAUAUUGCUCAUUGCAGUGUAACCUUGAUGUUCAUUCUAUAAUAAACUUCAACUGAAGCGAUAUAGAAAGCAACGUUAGUUUCUUUAUAGCUUUGUUGAUUUAUAUGUUUGACAAAGGUGAACGAUCAAAAAAUAAUAAAGCAGGAUGGAUGUAAGCAGUGACGUAUUGUCACCAGCUGUUUAUGCAUUAUCAUCACUGGCUGUGUGUUUGACACACCCUACCUUAAAAAAAUGCUCUGUAUGUAGGCCUAAGCUGCUUUUUAUUUAUAAAAUACAUGCAUUCUGGGGUUUUUUUUUAAUGACAUUGCAUAUAUGCUACUGAAAUAGCACAAGCUUCACCAGUUAGAGCUUGUUAUAUUGCAUGUUUUGUUUACAUGUUUCAAGCCUUUUUCAUAUUAAUUUCAUUACAUGUUCUAAUUAUGCUGCUAAGGAAAUCCAUGUGCAGAUUUUUGUUGCUAGGAUAUUUACGCUAGUUGCCAGGAUGUUUUAAAGAUCAGGUUCAAAAAUAGAACAUAGUGGACGAGAGGGUACUGUAUAGUGGAGGAAAAAUGUACCACUAGUUAGCAUGCAAUGCAGGUGGGUUAACUCCCAUUAUGCAGGCAGUGUCUGUAAUAUAAAGGUUUUGUACAGGUGCUUAAGCAGAUAAGCGGGAUCCUUGGCUUAGCUAAGAUUGUUCUAUAACCAAAACGAACGAAGGGGUUUUUUUGAAAAGAAUGUAAUUAGGAUAUUUAUUCAUUAUAUAAAUACACAAGAAAAGGAGAAAAAAAAGCUAUAAAAUAAUAAGAUAUAAAGCUAACAUAUUUAUAGGUGCAUAACACAGUUUUGUAUGAAUGAAGACUUUUUUAAAUAUUGACAUAUUUUUUGGUGAAUGAGAUGAAACUUUGAUGGUUAUGAAUGUUAAUCGGCAAAUUCAUGGGUCGAGCUUUUUUCGUUUGUUAUUACAUUAUUAAAAAUGUAUUUUAAUCUUGUAGAAUUAAUCAAAUUAUUUAAUGUUUUAAAGAAUUAGCAUGUAUGAUCUUCUGGUUAAUAUUUUUUGACCUUGUGUAUCGUCGCUUGAAAUGUCAUUUGCCGUGUUUAACAUCUUCCCUUCAUUUUUGCUUGUCUCGUUCAGAAGUUUCCACGAGCUGUUGAAGUAGAAAAUAAUGGGGAAACAAAUCGUUUUAAUUUGUCUAGCAAAGAUUAGGUAAAUUACUACAUUCAGCACAAAUUUCGGUUUAUACAUUCAUCUCUCUAUCGAAUGCAUUGAAUAAAUUCUUGAUUUUUAAA